CGUAUCCCAUGGCGCCGCCGUCGUUGACUUUCCCGAUAAUGCAAUGAACUGGCACACGCCACGAGAUAGUGCCUUCAAAUAUUGCUUCCAAAUGUUCUGAGUUUGUCUCAAGGUUACAAAAACUUAAAACCAGGAUAAAGUGGACCGGAGCUCAUCAACAGAAUGGACAACAAUUUUAGGUGCGCCUCUGCGCGGCCAGAAGCGCCUGCGCAGCAGUACGGUGCACCAGACGCGGCUCCGUACCCUCCCUCAGGCUGGCGUCCGGAAGGUCGCCAAUUCUUCCUGCCUUCCAGGAGCUCCGGCCUGUACGCGCCGCCGCCACAGCAGUACGGCCCUCCGCCCCCGCCCGCCUCCACGACGACAGAGGCUGCCGAGACCACGACCACCGAGCUGCCCACCACGACGGCUCCCUCAGAAGCGGCUGCCGACGGCUCCCGCGCCCUGGAGUCCGGCGUGUACUACCUGCUGCAGCCGGACGGCCGCCUCCAGCGUAUCACCUACGCCCACGGGCCCGCCGCCCCCGCCUCGGCCUCCGCCCCCGCCGCCUCCCCGCUGCUGCCGGAGCGGCUGUCGCUGCCCGCAGACCCCGGCUACCUGGCGCGCUUCCACUACCAGGACCUGCUGCCUCAGGGCGCACCCGUCUUCGCCUACCGGCAGGCCGGCCUCAUGCGCAUCUUCUGAAAAUUGCACCGAUUCCCACUGAAAUGACUUCAUAUUUCAGACGCUGCAGCUACCACCACUGUAUAGCACUAGACAGCCAUUUGUUGGAUUUCGCGACAG